AUGCUCCUGCAGUCAGGCCACAGUCUGGCGGAGGCUGCAGACCUAUCGCCCGAGCAAUUGGAGAGCCUGGCUCGGAGCAUUGAGCAGAAGAAGCAGCGCCUAGAAGACGACAUCCGCGAAUACAUAAGACGCAAACAGGACGAGCUGCGGCACUAUGAGCGAGAGCUUGUGAAGCAGUAUCGCUCAAUGGAGAGCUCCUCCUCGUCGUCAGAGUCUCAUACUCACGCCGUCGCCUCCGAUACCAGCUCCCCCUCAGAUCUAGGCUCUCCUCCCACCACUGCUGACCUGGGAAGCACAGAUAGAACAGACGCAGCACAGGAAGAAGCGGGCAAGCGGACAAAGUACACACGUGUUCAUAAACGGGAAAAGGAACUUUGUGGCCUAGUGACACCACUUUAUCUCCCGCUACUGGAAGCGCAGCCGCAAACAGUGAAGAAGCGGAAAGAGAAGAAGAGGCAAAAGGAAAAGAAAAGCGAGAGUCUUGAAAAAGGUGCGCCAGCUUUGGAGAGAGGGACUCCCUCGCAAGACCCAAGCCCCGCAAAGGAAUACGAAACAGAGAAAGCUCUGCAGGGUAAUGAGAAGGCCGAACAGGCAGAGAGUAGUGGCGCAGGGCAGGAGAAUAUGGCGGCGGGAUCGCGAACAGACGCGGACAAGAAGUCCAAACGGUCCGCGAUCAGGAAAUCGUCACUUCGGCACAGCAACUCCAAAUCCAGGCGGAAACGGGUAAGCCUUAUUGUGGACGACCAGAUUGUGCACCCAGCGGACAAUAUCACCGAAAGUCAAUCCACCACUCCCAGCGAGACUACAGCUUCCAAUACCUCUGCAUCCACUCCUAUUAACGAAGAGAAUAUUGAUCCAUUGCUUCUGGACGCUCACGUUUCCCCUAAUAAUCGCGAACCGGUGCACCAUAGUCUGCCAUUUCCCAUCCAUCUUCCAAGUACAUCACCGACGAAACACACCGGUCAUAUGUUGACAUCACCAUCGCCAACCUCGGCAUAUCCGACGAAACACACUGCUCACUCGUUGACUUCACCAUCGUCAACCUCCGCAUACCUUCCUCCGCAGACUGUAGGACGCACUUACCUGGACCCGUCACCACCAGGGCCGGAAUACGACCACAUAAUAAGCCACUCCCCGUCAGAACCCAUAUACGCGGACAGGGUCGAGCGCAUUGAACAACAAGAAGAAGAUGAUCUGGUAGGCGGCGACCUGGACAGCCAGGAUUUUGAUACGUACGUCGGCGGCCUCUCUGGUUCAGGAGUCGACAACGUCAAUCAAUCCAACAGUUAUGGGUACCCGUCCUCCCUCGGCGCCAGCUAUCUCGAGAGCUAUAUGAAGAGUCGCCCUCUCAGUGUGCGCAUUGCCGCGGCGGAGAAGGCGGAACUGGAAGAACAUGAGAAGAGAGAGCUUUUACAGGACCAUGACAAUGAAGAGGAACUGCAUUCCUCGGGCCCUACGACGCGGGACGAGAUCGAUGAGGAUAUGGAAGUAAUUGGCAGUUUGGAAGGGUUUUAA